AUGGGCGCCUUCGCAUCGAGGUUCUGGUUCAUGAUGUUCCCUGCGAAAGAGUAUAAGAUCGUUGUUGUUGGUUUGGACAACGCCGGUAAAACGACGACGCUUUAUAAGCUUCAUCUGGGUGAAGUCGUCACCACUCAUCCAACCGUAGGAAGCAAUGUGGAAGAGCUCGUUUACAAGAAUAUCCGCUUCGAGGUUUGGGAUCUUGGUGGGCAAGAUAGGCUGAGAACAUCAUGGGCAACGUACUAUAGAGGGACGAACGCUGUAAUUGCGGUUAUCGAUAGCACGGACAGAGCAAGGAUCUCUUUGAUGAAAGACGAGCUUUUCAGGUUGCUCGGGCAUGAGGAUCUUCAGCACUCGGUUAUUCUCGUGUUUGCGAACAAACAGGACUUGAAAGACGCUAUGACCCCGGCUGAAAUCACGGACGCGCUUAACCUUCACAGCAUCAAGAACCAUGACUGGCACAUUCAAGCAAGCUGUGCAGUCACUGGAGAAGGAUUGCAUGAUGGGCUUGGUUGGAUUGCCCAGAAAGUUACUGAUAAAGCUUCAAGUUGA